AAUUUAAUUGAGUAGAAACACUCGAUACUUCUUUAUUUACAACUUCACCCAUUGUAUAUACAGUGAGAGCAACCCACAAUUCCUAACCGUAAGUAGUUGCGGGUUCAUUUCGUCAUUUCAACCGAUCAGAGAAAAAUGGUCAACCGCCGCUUUACUCAGGUAACCACCAGCGACGAUGAUGAAGAUGAAACACCUCCACCACCUCAGCAACAUUCCAAGCUACGCAAACGGAAGAGAAUGAAGCUUAUAGACGAAGAAGAAGAAGAAGACAACGACAAUAGCGAUAACAAUAACGACAACGAAGAAGAGAAGGAGGAAGAGAAAAAGGAUCCGCCUCAGACUCCAGAUGAUGCUAAACCAAUUGGCGAUCCUCUUAGGGUUUCCGGGAAAGGGAGAGGGAGGAAGAGACAUUACGAAUCGUUCGAAUUCGAUGGAAAUCAAUACUAUCUCGAGGAUCCUGUUCUUCUUGUUCCUGAGGAUAAAGAACAAAAACCCUACGUUGCUAUAGUUAAAGAUAUUAUACAGUACUUUAGUGGCAGUAUAAUGGUGGCGGGACAGUGGUUUUAUCGUCCGGAAGAAGCUGAAAAGAAAGGCGGUGGGAGCUGGAAAUCGUGUGAUACAAGGGAACUUUUUUAUAGUUUUCACCGGGAUGAGGUUCCUGCAGAGUCGGUUAUGCAUAAGUGUGUGGUGCAUUUUGUUCCCUUAAACAAACAGUUUCCGAAACGUAAGCAACAUCCUGGCUUUAUUGUACAAAAGGUGUAUGACACUUUGGAAAGGAAACUCUGGAAGCUGACUGAUAAGGACUUUGAAGAUGUUAAACAGCAAGAAAUUGAUGAGCUUGUUCAAAAAACUCAGAAACGCAUCGGCGAGCUACUUGACAUUGAGCCUGAAGAAGCCCCUCCUGCUGAUCAGGAGGAGGUGAUGAAAAACAAAAGAAGUUCAAGGAGAAAGAGCAUUUCACCCAUUGAUGUUUCAAGGGAGGAGGAAGGAAUUUCAAAGAGUGACCAACAUUCAAAGCCCGAAACACCAAUGAGUAGUGUAAGUAAUAACUCGGAGUAUCAUCGCAUAUUAGUGAAUUUCAAUGCACUAACUGGGAACAUAAAUCGUGAUAAAUGGUUGGAGAGGCUGCUUCAACACAUUCAGUACAUGUGUAAUUAUGAUGAGGGUGUAGAAAAGGGAAAGGGAUCAGGAAAUGCCGAUUCUGAUGAAAUCAAAAACAAAAACAAUGAUAAAACUUCAGAAAUAGCAAGUGACUGUCAGGACAAGGGUCAGAAGAGUUCCAAGUCUUUUCUGUGGCCAGAUGCGGCUGUUUCAGCCAUAGUUGCUCUUGAGAAAGCUUCCAAUGAGGCCUUUACAAUAGAUUUUCAGAAGUACAACCAAAAGCUACGACAAUUGGAUUUUAAUCUCAAGAACAAUGCAUUGCUAGCACGCCGUCUGCUUAAUGGAGAGUUGGAACCUUCUAAAAUUUUGAAUAUGACACCCAUUGAAUUGAAGGAGGGUUUGACUGCUGAGGAAUUAACCAAGAAGGAGCCUGAUGAGAAACAGCACAUGCAAAUGACAGAUGCCCGCUGCUCAAGAUGCCCGGAGUUUAAGGUGGGCCUGAGGGAGAUUAUCCAUGCUGGACACGAUGACCGUUAUCAGCUGGAAUGCGUUGCCUGUGGUAAUUCCUGGUAUGCCUCCCGGGAUGAAGUGUCUACACUGACCAUAGAUACAUCAGACUCGAAGAGAACCACGGGCACAGCACCAUCGGCCACCGCAAAAUUUGAAGAUGUUCAGAAGAAGCUGGCGAGCCCCCGUGAAUCUGAAAACACGGCUGAUGACAUCUCUAAGAAAACAGGUGAACCACACGCGCCUGUUUUGGACACCCAGAAAUCAUUUGGCAAGUCCAGGAAAGAUGACAAUAUCGAGGCCAAAAAAACAUGUUGACAAGGAAUGAUCUAUGAUGUACUCUUUAGACGUUACAGAUUAACUAUUUAGGGCAAGGCUGAAAAAACAAAAGACUGCGAAUGUAGAGUUUUCCUUCUGUUUGAUCAUGUUGUGGAUAGUGGGGCUUUUGGUUAUAUAAAGGAGGGUAGUGUUAAUUAAAUCAUAGCAGUAAAUUUAUUUGAGUUUACUUCGACUCUGUAGUUAUCUAAAAAAAUAAAAACAGGUGCUUUUAACUUGCUUUGUUUCAUUGGAAAAUCAGGCAGUGGCAUCACUGUCAACAAAAUUCAAGUAUUUGGUGACACUAAAUGUUCAAACUCCUGCAAUUAAACAUUUAAGUAUAUGCAUAACAGACUGCUAGCUUUUUAAUUUUAAUGAAAAUUUUUACUUUUAUAUUUCAUUCAAUUUCCUUGAAACAUGGAUUGUUACGAACUUGAGUUGAGGCUAGUAUUUUUUUUUUCAUAAUGCAAAAAAAAAACAAAUUGAUCAAUUAAUAUUUGUGUUCAAUUUAAUUUAGAAUCCUAAAAAAUGCACUUAGCAAGACCAAAGAUAAAUAAGAAACAGUAGACAAACACAGUGGACAAGCCUGUCCUGUUUUGCGGGGCUGUUAUGGUCCCACCCUAUGUGCUUAGCGAGACGAAGAUAAAGGUAAAUAAGCACAGGAAACAAAAGAAACACUAUAAUGGUGUUUGAAAUGGAAAGGAAGACAUUAUCACUGUGUUGUCUCUAUCUUCUAUUCACCUUCUCGUGUGUGAGAGACAAUUUUCAAUCCUUCUUCUAUCAACCGUUCUUUUUGGCGGCAUUUAUUUUGCAUAACCGCUCUUUCUUUAAUACCUUCAAAUUCUGCUCAACUUUGAAACAAAAUCAUUGUGUAUUCACCUUCUUUCUACUAUUUCACUUCACUAUGCUCUUUUCCCUUCCCUUUUUUAUUGUUAUGGUUUGGUAUCAUCAAACUGAACUUUACUAUUAUUGUUACUAAUUUCAUUCCUAUCUUUCUCUUUUCUUUAUAUAAUAGUAUUACUUGAUUCUGGAUUUAUUGAUGGAACAAGAGUUGAAUCUCAAUGAAAAGUAUUCUGUUAGUCUCAGUCCCAAUUCUGUUCUUUCAUCUCAUCAACAUUACUUGAGCAUGAAGAACAAAAUGGCCACAAUAUUGGAGGAAAGGGAAAAAAUUGAAAUUUCAGGUAAUAUUUCUCAUUCUUCAUGUCAAUCAGAUGAAGAAGGUUCAGUUAUGACACCUUCUCAGGAUUCAGAAUUGAGUUCUCAAUCUCCAUCUGUUUCUGCUUCCUGGACUCGCAGCUUAUCAAAUAGUUUUAUUGAAUUAUGCAUAAAUUCAGAUGUCUGUGAUAAAAAAUCGACUGUAGUAGAAGAAGUAGGUUCUGUAAAUUCAAAGAUGACAAGUGAUAACGUUACUAAUUCUCCUCUUCAAAAAGUUAAAGUUGAAAUACCUCACUCUCACCAACCAUAUCCAUCAGAAAGUGAUUGUUCAUCAAGAGUGAGUUCAAAAGUCCCAUUCACUCCUAUCAGAAAAAGGCUAAAUCCUUUCACUAAGUCAAAAAAAGUUCCAAGAAACAUGGCUUGUCAAAAAUCUUUGUUGAAUGACUUCUCCAACACAACAAAAGAUAUCAAGUAUUCUAGUCUACCAUGUUCACCUCUUCAUCUGCAUGGUUAUCUCAAGUUAAAAAACAAACAAGGACUUCCUUACUUUGAGUUUAAGGUAAAUUCUCCCAAAGAUGUCUUUGUUGCAAAGACACGGAGACUAGGUACCAGUGCUUUCAAUUGGGUAUAUACCUUUCACUCUUUUGAUAAUAGAAAGAACAAUUAUGCAGGUGUUUUGAAAUCUAAACAUUGUGUCAAAGAUUCAUCAAUGAUUGCACAAAUGCUAGUUUCCUAUAGUUUAUGUUCUGAGUUAGAAGGUGGAGUAUUUGGAAACUAUAUGGUGGCAGAAUUUGUGUUGUAUGAUUUUACACACUCAAGAAAAAGUGCUUCAUCAAAAAAACCAUCUUACAGAAAACAAGAUGCUUCUAAGACUCUGAAUGCUGCUAGCCUUGAAAGUGCUGCUAUUGUAUUGCGAAUUCCGUUUCAUAAGAGAGAAAGUUUGAAAUACAAAAGAGGGGAUGGAAUAAAUGGUAAAACAAAUUCCAUACCAAGUGAUAUCUCUUCGGUAAUAGAGCAGGUGAAGGUGGUAUUACCAAGUGGAAACCAUGGUAUGCCAAGUGCUGAAAGCGAGGGUCCUUCAUCGUUACUUGACCGAUGGAAACACGGUGGAGGUUGUGACUGUGGUGGUUGGGACAUGGCCUGUCCACUUAUUGUUUUAGGCAAUCCAGGUAUUCAAUUUCAUGAAGAUAUCCAUCUUGUGGAGAAAUAUCAACCAUUUGAACUUUUCUCUCAGCCUCAGGGAAGCAAAGAAAGUAGUCCUACCUUUGGCAUGAAACUAGUUGAAGAGGGGCAAUAUGCAGUUGAUUUCCAUGCAAAAUUAUCUCCAUUACAAGCUUUCUCCAUUUCUGUCGCCAUUUUACAUGGCACAUCUGCCUUCCGCGCCACGGGACAGGUGAAAAACCAGCAGUUAUCUCAAUGCAAUUCACUUGAAGAGGAAGUAGAAUUUUUUAUCAAAUCAGUCAAAAAAGAAGAGAAGACAAUAUCUACAAUUCAGAAAAUGUGGAGUGUCUAGUGCUGAUGCCAGGAUCAGGAUGAUUUGUAACAACAAAUAUUGUCUAUAUUGUGAUAGGAUAGUUAGGGGAAAAGAUAAAGAUAUAGCAAUAGGAAAUGAUGAAUAUCCUUCCUAGACAAGCAGCCAUUUCCAUAUCUAAAUAUUCAGAAAUUCCAAUA